AAGCUCUUUGGCUCUGUUGUGUUAUCACAACUAUGAGAAAAAGAAGUUUAUUGUUUUUGUUGUUGUUGUUAGUGGUUACUUUUAAUGGCUUGUUCUGGGCAAGUGAAGGGAGGGUGCCCUUUGCAUGUGACCCUAAGCAUGGGAUGACCAGGGGGUUUAAGUUCUGCAGGGUGAACGUGGCCGUUCAUGCCAGGGUUCAGGAUUUGAUCGGACGGCUCACAUUGCAGGAGAAGAUAAGGUUGCUGGUGAAUAAUGCGAUUGCCAUUCCCAGGCUGGGCAUUCAGGGAUAUGAGUGGUGGUCGGAGGCGCUUCACGGCGUCUCUAAUGUGGGCCCCGGCACCAAGUUCGGUGGGGCCUUCCCGGCCGCCACUAGCUUCCCCCAAGUCAUCUCUAUCGCCGCUUCUUUCAACCAGUCUCUCUGGAACCAAAUCGGACGGGUGGUUUCUGACGAAGCAAGGGCCAUGUACAAUGGAGGAGUGGGAGGGUUGACAUAUUGGAGUCCAAAUGUGAACAUAUUUCGGGACCCUCGGUGGGGUCGAGGACAGGAGACUCCCGGCGAAGACCCUGUUCUCGCCGGAAAAUAUGCGGCCAGCUAUGUCCGGGGACUCCAAGGCGAGGGCGCCGGCAACCGCCUCAAGGUGGCUGCCUGCUGUAAACACUACACCGCCUACGAUCUUGAUAACUGGAACCGCAUCGAUAGAUUCCACUUUAACGCCAGGGUGAGCAAGCAAGACCUGGAAGAGACAUACAACGUUCCAUUCAAAGCGUGUGUGUUGGAUGGGAAAGUGGCAAGCGUGAUGUGCUCUUACAAUCAGGUGAAUGGCAAGCCCACCUGUGCAGAUCCUGAUCUCCUCCGCAGCACCAUUCGCGGCCAAUGGCGACUCAAUGGCUACAUUGUCUCAGAUUGUGACUCAGUACAGGUUCUGCAUGAGAGCCAGCACUACACCAAGACCCCCGAGGAAGCCGUCGCCAAUUCCAUUAAAGCCGGCCUUGAUUUAGACUGUGGGCCCUACUUGGCCGUCUACACUGAAGGCGCCAUCAGGAACAAGCUUCUUACUGAGAAUGAUGUCAAUCUUGCCCUCGCUAAUCUUCUCACCGUCCAGAUGAGACUGGGCAUGUACGACGGCGAUCCGUCGGCCCACCCCUAUGGCAAUUUGGGCCCAAAAGAUGUCUGCACCCCGGCCCAUCAAGAGUUGGCCCUUGAGGCUGCUCGGCAGAGCAUGGUUCUCCUCCAAAAUAAUAGGAACUCGCUGCCCUUAUCCCCUGCCCGUCACCGCACCGUAGCUGUCAUUGGACCCAAUUCUGACGCCACUGUUACUAUGAUAGGAAACUAUGCUGGCGUGGCGUGCGGUUAUACGACACCCUUGCAGGGAAUUACAAGAUAUGUUAGGACCAUUCAUGAAGCAGGAUGCGCCGACAUUGCUUGUGGUGGCAACCAGCUAUUUGGAGCUGCGGAAGGUGCUGCCAGCCGGGCUGAUGCAACUGUUUUAGUGAUGGGCCUUGAUCAAUCCAUAGAAGCCGAAGCUCGGGACAGAGAUGGGCUCCUCUUGCCGGGCCUCCAACAAGAGCUUGUCUCUAGGGUGGCCAAGGCCUCCAAGGGCCCAGUUGUGUUGGUCCUUAUGUGUGGUGGGCCCGUAGAUGUCUUAUUUGCUCAAAAUGACCCUAAGAUCAGUGCCAUCUUGUGGGUGGGCUAUCCAGGCCAAGCCGGGGGAACCGCCUUAGCUGAUGUGCUUUUCGGCGUUAGCAAUCCAGGUGGAAGGCUGCCCAUGACAUGGUAUCCACAUGCUUAUGUCACUAAAGUACCCAUGACUACCAUGGACAUGAGGCCCAACCCAGCAACUGGGUAUCCAGGAAGGACCUACAGAUUCUAUAAAGGCCCAGUAGUGUUUCCAUUUGGGCAUGGGCUUAGCUACACGAGGUUCACCCACACCUUAGCCCAAGCUCCCACAGAGGUCUCAUUGGCUAGACUUCAAGCUCAAGCCUUGACGAACUCAACCACAUCAAACCGAGCAAUGAAGGUGAGCCAUGUGGACUGCAGCAAAGCACUGGAAUUGGGCAUCCACAUUGAUGUGAAAAACGAAGGCCCAAUGGAUGGGGCCCAUACCUUGCUGGUAUUCUCAAAGCCCCCCUCUGGAGGAAGAUGGUCCGAAACGAAGCAUUUAGUGGGUUUCCACAGGGUUCAUGUGCCUUCAGGAUCGAAGCAGAGAGUGAAGGUCGGGGUUCAUGCGUGCGACCACCUUAGCGUUGUGGACGAGUCUGGGAUUCGAAGAAUCCCAUUCGGUGAGCAUGAGCUUCAUAUUGGUGAUGUCAGGCAUUCUCUUUCGGUGCAAGCCAUGGAAGAGAUCAAGUCUUAAGAAGAAAGACUAGCCAUAUGCUUGAGGUUUUAGCAGAAAGCAGCAAUUAUUAUUAAUGGUAUUGCUGGGCGAAGCCCAAUUUGGUGAUUUCAAAAACAGAGGAAAUAAAGAGAGAGAGAGAGAGAGAGAGAGAGAGAAGUUACUGUGUGAUUCGAGUUAUAAGAUAUAGAAAUAGGUGAAAAAUAAUUGUGAAUAAGAUUGAAGUGAAAGUGGUGUGUGAGAUUAUUGAAGAUGUGAAGUUGAUAGAAGAGAGAACAGGUAAAGAUAUUUGUAAGCCAGGAAUGGUGCAAGCAAGUGUAGUUAGAUUUGUUGACAGAUGUUGAAUGGUCUCAUGGAAUGGAAAGCAACAUUGUUCAUAAUCCAUUCUGGUUUUUAAACGCAAUGAAAAGUUGAAUUCCAAUUCCAAUAUCCAGAAUUUUCUGUCAAGUAAUGGACUUCAGACUCUGAAAUUUAGUUUGUCUGGUCA